UUUGCUUGAGCAAAAAGACUUCAACUACCAGGGAGCAAAGUCCACGCAGAAAUGUAGUCCUUCUAAAGAACUACAGUACGUAUUCUUCUCUUUUCGCGUCAACAACCAGAAUUGGUCUAACAACUAUAGUCUACAAUCAAGUAAUAACGAGGAGCUAUUUGGCCAGUGUUUGUGUUGGUCUGAGGUGGUGAUCAGCGUCAUGGAGAUGGUUAUGAACAUCCUGAUGAUACCAGUACCAGGUGGAGUAUCUGUGUCCCUGUUUAUGAUCUUCCUGGCUCUGCUCUACUGGUAUGCUACAUUCCCCUAUUCAGCCCUGGAUCGAUGUGGAAUCAGGCACCCCAAACCGUCCCCGUUCUUUGGGAACAUGUUUUUAUUUCGUCAGGGACUACUUCACAGCCAGGCUAGCCAUCGCAACACAAAACGUUAUCCCCUCAGAAGACAGGAGGCUGCAGCACAUGCGACAUGUGCCAAGAGUAAGGUGCAUCUAGUGCACAGACAGGGAGGCAGUAAAUACUAUCUAGGCCGGAGGCCCGUGGUGGUGGUAGCUGACCCUGACAUGCUCAGACAGAUCAUGGUAAAGGACUUCAGCACCUUCCCUAACAGAAUGAGGAUCCGGGCUGCCACUAAGCCCAUGAGUGACUGUCUGCUGAUGCUGAGGAACGAGCACUGGAAGAGAGUACGCAGCAUCCUCACCCCCUCCUUCAGCGCAACCAAGAUGAAAGAGAUGGGUCCUCUGAUCAACAUGACCACGGACACCCUGCUCACCAACCUGCUUGGACAUGUCCAGUCUGCAGAGAGCUUUGACAUUCACAGGUGUUUUGGCUGUUUCACCAUGGACGUGAUAGCUAGCGUGGCCUUUGGCAUCCAGGUGGACUCUCAGAAGGACCCAGAUGACCCAUUUGUUCACCACGCCUGGAAGUUCUUCUCUUUCUCCUUCUUCAGACCCAUCAUGUUCGUCUUCAUUGCUUUCCCAUUCCUGGCUCCACUGGCCCGGGUCAUCCCCAACAAGAGGAGAGAUGAGAUGAACAACUUCUUCGUCAACUGUAUCCAGAAGAUCAUCAGACAGAGAGAUGAGCAGCCUGUUGAAGAAGUACAGUGUGUUACUGAGCUGGAAAAACUUCUGCUCCUUUAUAAAAGAUGGGAAUGGUAUGAAGGACUCUUUUUGCCAGUAUGCCACGCUGCAGGCCAGUAUGCCACGCUGCAGGCCAGUAUGCCACUCUGCAGGCCAAUAUGCCACGCUGCAGGCCAGUAUGCCAAGCUGCAGGCCAGUAUGCCACUCUGCAGGCCAGUAUGCCACUCUGCAGGCCAGUAUGCCACGCUGCAGGCCAGUAUGCCACGCUGCAGGCCAGUAUGCCACGCUGCAGGCCAGUAUGCCACGCUGCAGGCCAGUAUGCCACGCUGCAGGCCAGUAUGCCACGCUGCAGGCCAGUAUGCCACGCUGCAGGCCAGUUUGCCCGGUGACGUAGACGAGGACUGCAUGGUCAACGGACAGUUCCUACCGAAGGGAGCCACUCUGGAGAUCCCUGCAGGCUAUCUGCAUUAUGAUCCAGAGAACUGGCCCGAACCAGAGAAGUUCAUCCCUGACAGAUUCACAGCGGAGGCCAAGGCCAGCAGACACCCUUUUGUGUACCUGACGUUUGGGGCGGGGCCCCGCAGCUGUGUGGGCAUGAGGCUGGCCCAGCUGGAGAUCAAGAUGGCCCUGGUGCACGUCUUCAGGAAGUUCAACAUCGUGGCCAGCACAGAGACUAAGGUGGGCUCGACCUGCGAUGGCCCUGGUGCACGUCUUCAGGAAGUUCAACAUCGUGGCCAGCACAGAGACUAAGGUGGGCUCGACCUGCGAUGGCCCUGGUGCACGUCUUCAGGAAGUUCAACAUCGUGGCCAGCACAGACACUAAGGUGGGUUCGACCUGCGAUGGUCCUGGUGCACGUCUUCAGGAAGUUCACCAUCGUGGCCAGCACAGACACUAAGGUGGGCUCGACCUGCGAUGGCCCUGGUGCACGUCUUCAGGAAGUUCAACAUCGUGGCCAGCACAGACACUAAGGUGGGCUCGACCUGCGAUGGCCCUGGUGCACGUCUUCAGGAAGUUCAACAUCUUGGCCAGCACAGAGACUAAGGUGGGUUCGACCUGCGAUGGCCCUGGUGCACGUCUUCAGGAAGUUCAACAUCGUGGCCAGCACAGACACUAAGGUGGGUUCGACCUGCGAUGGCCCUGGUGCACGUCUUCAGGAAGUUCAACAUCGUGGCCAGCACAGACACUAAGGUGGGUUCGACCUGCGAUGGCCCUGGUGCACGUCUUCAGGAAGUUCAACAUCGUGGCCAGCACAGAGACUAAGGUGGGCUCGACCUGCGAUGGCCCUGGUGCACGUCUUCAGGAAGUUCAACAUCGUGGCCAGCACAGAGACUAAGGUGGGUUCGACCUGCGAUGGCCCUGGUGCACGUCUUCAGGAAGUUCAACAUCGUGGCCAGCACAGAGACUAAGGUGGGCUCGACCUGCGAUGGCCCUGGUGCACGUCUUCAGGAAGUUCAACAUCGUGGCCAGCACAGAGACUAAGGUGGGUUCGACCUGCGAUGGCCCUGGUGCACGUCUUCAGGAAGUUCAACAUCGUGGCCAGCACAGACACUAAAGGUGGGUUCGACCUGCGAUGGUCCUGGUGCACGUCUUCAGGAAGUUCAACAUCGUGGCCAGCACAGACACUAAAGGUGGGUUCGACCUGCGAUGGUCCUGGUGCACGUCUUCAGGAAGUUCACCAUCGUGGCCAGCACAGACACUAAGGUGGGCUCGACCUGCGAUGGCCCUGGUGCACGUCUUCAGGAAGUUCAACAUCAUGGCCAGCACAGACACUAAGGUGGGCUCGACCUGCGAUGGCCCUGGUGCACGUCUUCAGGAAGUUCAACAUCGUGGCCAGCACAGAGACUAAGGUUCCUCUGGUUGAAGUCUCACACCACGCUCGGUCCUAAGAAUGGCAUCUAUGUCAAAAUCACUAAAAGAGAGACAGAGAGAGAACCAGUGACUCCCCCUGCACAAAAAGAAUAGAAGCUCUGUUCUCCUUUAUCGGCUCUUAUGAAACUGAUACAUCAUCCAUCCAAUGACUGCUUAUGUGAAGUAGCGCUAACCUAGCCUGGUCCCAGAUCUCUUUUUGCUGUUUUGCUAACUUCUAUGGUCAUUCUCACCGGUUUGGUGCUGUCCCUUUAGAUACUAGGACCGGGCUAGCAUUAACCUCUUCUUUAACUAGAAAAUCUCAAUGCACGUGCCUAUCCCUGAGGGAAGUGGACAGAGGAGCAGCAGCAUUACUAUGGUAAAUGACCAUUAGCACAUGAAAAGUGAGGUUGGGCCAGGGGCGGCUCACCUUUUUAAUCAGGCAGUGUGCUGGACAGAGGUCAACACCUCAUCAAGGCCCCCGAGGCCCCUGCCAAUGGCACAUCGAUCGCCACGUUGAUUCUGCAGGACUAGCGAGAGAGAAAGAAGCAGGCUGGGGGAAAUCACAUUGCUCAUGUCUCCGCCCUAACAAUGGGAGUUUCGUUGUCCCGAAGGCGGGAAGGCAGGCGACAAGCAUAAGUCCAAAAUAAGCCCAUAGAAACUGGCUUAUUUUGGCGAGAGUGAAACCUCUCGCUUCGCCUCUUCCUCUCUGGUUGGGGGGAGAAGUGCAUGGAAAAGACUAUGGAAAAGGCUGUUCUGAUUACAAUAGAACAACAACACACUUUGACCUCUGUAUAAAUUCAUAUUGGAGUAUUGAUGUUAACAUGCCCGUGAACUAUUAAAUCAUCACUGUAUGUCUAAUAAAUCACUGUGUGUGUUUUCUACCAUUUU